AUGGACCAAAUUGAUAAGUACAAAAGGGUGGAGGAAGACCAACAGCAAGGAAAAGGGUCUGCCAACACCGAGACAGUUAAUGCAGUAUUCCGAGAACUGGUGCAUCAGGUUUUGAAGAUGAUUAAGAACGAGCUGUUCUUCAAAUGGCCGAACAAGAUGGCUGGAAACCCCAUAAGAUGCCAUCAAAACCUUUAUUGCCAAUACCAUCAGGACCAAAGGCACACUACAGAAGAUUGCAGGAAUUUGUGGGACCAUAUGGACCAGCUGGUCCGUGAAGGGAAGUUAAAGCAGCUGCUACACCAUUCCAGUGGCCAGGCGGAGCAGACAGGUUCGGAUCCCCGAAGUGAUGCUUCUUCAAAACCUCCUUUAGGAAUGAUCAGUGUCAUCUUUGCCGCUCCUGGUAGGACUAGUUCUUGUCCCUCCAGAGUGAUGUCUGUGGCUCGCCUAUUUACGAAGAAGACAUUUCGAGGCCAAAAAAAGCCAGAAUAG